AUGAAUUCCUAUUUUACGAACCCGUCGCUCUCGUGCCAUUUAAACAGCGGUCAAGAGGUUCUGCCCAAUGUUACACUCAGCUCGACAAGCUAUGACCCGGUGCGACACUUCUCACCAUAUGGCGCUGCCGUGGCCCCAAACCGGAUAUACUCCAAUCCAUUCUAUUCAACACAAGAAAACGUUAUGUUCGGGUCCAGCCGAGGACCGUACGAGUAUGGAUCAAAUGUGUUCUACCAGGACAAGGAUGUGCUUCCAAGUUGCAGACAAAGCCUUGGGCAAACACAGGGUUCAUUGACCCAGGAUUACGCUUCAGACCAAGGCAAGACUCAGGAACCAAAAGGAAGUAUUCAAAUAUAUCCGUGGAUGCAGCGGAUGAACUCGCACAGUGGAGUUGGCUAUGGGUCUGACAGACGGCGAGGUCGCCAAAUCUAUUCACGAUACCAAACUUUAGAACUAGAGAAGGAAUUCCAUUACAAUCGUUAUUUGACAAGACGCAGAAGAAUAGAGAUUGCCAAUGCGUUGUGUUUGUCGGAACGCCAGAUUAAAAUUUGGUUUCAGAACCGCCGCAUGAAGUGGAAGAAGGAGAGCAAUCUCACAUCCACCCUCAAUGACAGUGGCUCUGUAGGAGCUGGCCAGGACACGGACAAAGAAGAAGGGGAAACAGGAAGAAAAAAAGAGCAUAACUGA